CACUACGUUCUCUCCAUCGCCCAACAGGAGAAAUUUCUCCUCCCCCAGGUCCAACCUUACGUACGGCAUCCGGUUCCCCGCGCACGAGCCAUCCACGUGCCAAUCUUGCCAAUCGCCGCUUCCCUCUUCUCGAUCUUCUCUUUUUUAUGCUCACGAAUCAGCACUGAUUCUUCUCCCUGGAUAAAGUUAAACGUUCUCAAUCUUCUCACUUCACCUUUUAAUUCGAAUUUACUGAGAGUAGAUCUCCUCAUCGCUUGAGCAACCCUGUAGAAGAGGGAGCUAAAUGUGGAGGUUUGGUCGUGGUGCGUGGAAUCUCCGGCAGAUGCGGAGGUUCUCCGUUGCCGUUCCCGGCCCCUGCAUCGUUCACAAGCGUGGGACGGACAUACUCCACGAUCCGUGGUUUAAUAAGGAUACUGGCUUCCCGUUGACAGAAAGAGAUAGACUAGGGCUUCGUGGCCUCCUUCCACCACGUGUUAUAUCAUUUGAGCAACAGUAUGAACGCUUCAUGAAUUCAUAUCAAUCUUUGGAGCAUAAUACAAGAAGCGAACCUCCUAGUGUUGUAGCCUUGGCUAAGUGGAGGAUCCUAAAUAGAUUGCAUGACAGAAAUGAGACAUUGUAUUACAGAGUUCUCAUUGAUAACAUCAAAGAUUUUGCUCCCAUAAUAUAUACUCCAACUGUAGGUUUGGUAUGUCAAAACUAUGGUGGCCUUUACAGACGUCCACGAGGAAUGUAUUUUAGUGCCAAGGAUAAAGGAGAAAUGAUGUCCAUGAUCUACAAUUGGCCAUCUAAGCAGGUUGACAUGAUUGUCAUCACCGAUGGGAGCCGCAUUUUGGGACUUGGUGAUCUCGGAGUUCAGGGAAUUGGAAUACCGAUUGGAAAGCUUGACGUGUAUGUUGCUGCUGCUGGCAUGAAUCCCCAAAGGAUACUUCCAGUCAUGCUUGAUGUGGGGACCAACAACCAAAAGCUUCUUGAAGAUAAUCUUUAUUUAGGAUUACGGCAGCCCAGGCUUGAGGGAGAUGAAUAUUUAUCUAUUGUUGAUGAGUUCAUGGAAGCUGCAUAUUCACGCUGGCCAAAGGCGAUUGUACAGUUUGAAGACUUCCAGAUGAAAUGGGCAUUCGAAACUCUUGAGCGUUAUCGUAGAAAAUUUUGCAUGUUCAAUGAUGAUGUGCAGGGAACUGCUGGUGUUGCUUUAGCUGGCCUACUAGGAGCUGUAAGGGCACAAGGUCGUUCUCUCAAGGACUUCGUAAAGCAGAAGAUUGUUGUGGCAGGAGCUGGAAGUGCAGGGAUCGGAGUACUUAAAAUGGCCAAGCAGGCUAUGGAGAGAAUGCUUGGAAGCAAUGCAAGUCUAGAAGCAAACAACCAAUUUUGGGUGCUUGAUAAAUAUGGUCUUAUCACAAAAGAAAGGAAGAACAUUGAUCCUGCUGCUGUUUCUUUUGCCAGAGGCUUUGGUCUAGGUGAGGUUGAGGGACUCAAUGAAGGGGCUAGUCUCGUGGAAGUGGUUAAAAAGGUGAAACCUGACGUCCUAUUAGGAUUGUCCGGAGUUGGGGGCAUAUUUAGUGAGGAGGUCCUCAAGGCUCUGCAAGCUUCUGAUUCACCUCGGCCUGCAAUAUUUGCAAUGUCAAAUCCUACCGCAAAUGCUGAAUGCACACCAGCUGAUGCAUUCAAAUAUGCCGGAGAGAACAUAAUUUUUGCUAGUGGGAGCCCUUUUGAAAAUGUUAAUCUAGGUAAUGGAAAAGUAGGGUAUGUGAACCAAGCAAAUAACAUGUAUUUGUUUCCUGGAAUUGGUUUAGGAGCACUUCUUUCUGGUGCUCGCCUUAUUUCAGAUGGCAUGCUUCAAGCUGCAGCUGAAUGCCUGGCUUCGUACAUGACGGAAGACGAGAUUCAGAAAGGCAUUCUUUUCCCUUCCAUUUCAAGUAUUAGGCACAUUACAACGCACGUUGGAGCAGCUGUUGUACGUGCUGCUGUUGCUGAAGAACUGGCUGAAGGCUGCGGUGAUGUUGGCAUCAAAGAACUAAAGAACAUGUCAAAGGAGGAGACCGAGGAGUAUGUUGCUCGUAAUAUGUGGUACCCAAUCUACAGUCCUCUUGUUCAUGAGAAAUGAAGUUCAUAUUUCCCACAAGAAAAAUCAUAAUUUUUCAUCAUGGUUAGGUUAUUCUUAGAAAACUAUUUAUUCGGAUAUCAUUGGAAGAGUUAUAGCGUGUCCACUGACAUCCUUAGUAUGUUUUAACAGUGUUAACAACGAUAAAACUGUCAUAUUUAUUCA